CGCGGCCGCAGAGCUUCCGCCCCGCCGCCCGGGCGCCUGGGGGGAGCUCGGCCGGGAGCUCGGCGGCGUCCGCCGCAGGGAUGGUGUCGCUGCUGCCGCGCAUCGAGCGGCUCUCGUCGCGGGUGGUGCGAGUGCUGGGCUGCAACCCGGGGCCCAUGACCCUGCAGGGCACCAACACCUACCUGGUGGGCUCCGGGCACAGAAGAGUCCUUAUUGACACUGGAGAGCCAGGUAUUCCUGAAUAUAUCAGCUGUUUGAAGCAGACACUGUCAGAGUUCAACAUCGCCAUUCAAGAAAUUUUAGUGACACACUGGCAUCGUGAUCAUACUGGCGGAAUCCCUGAUAUCUGCAAAAGCAUUCCGAGUGACUCAGAAUAUCGCAUAUGUAAGCUCCCUCGUGUCCCUCACUGUGAAGAAACAAUAGAAGGAGGACAUAAAUAUUUUUAUCUUAAAGAUGGAGAUGUGAUAGAGACAGAAGGAGCCACACUCAGAGUUUUAUAUACACCAGGACACACUGAUGAUCAUAUGAUUUUACAUCUAGAAGAAGAAAAUGCUGUAUUUUCUGGUGACUGUAUUUUAGGGGAAGGAACAACAGUAAUAGAAGACCUGUCUGAUUACAUGAAAACUUUGAAAAAGUUGUUAGAAAUGAAACCAGAUUUGAUUUAUCCAGGUCACGGCCCAGUAGUACGUGAUGCAAAUACUAGAAUCCAAAACUACAUUUCUCACCGACUUGCACGUGAACAGCAAAUUAUAAAUGUUUUCCAGAAGAAUACUGGGAAAUCAUAUACAUCCUCAGAGCUUGUAAAGAUGGUAUACAAGGAAAUCCCUGAGAAUUUACUUCCAGCAGCAGAACGUAACCUCCUGGUCCACUUGAAGAAGCUGGAAAAAGAAGGAAAAGUGUUACUUGAUGAAACUCGCAACUUCAGAUGGAAAAACAAUUUAUAAGUUAGGCAAGAUUGCUCAGGAGUGCAUUUAAAUCUUCAUGGUUGCUGUAUGAAAAAUCAUAACAAUGAGCUGGAAAGUAAAAACUAAUUUUUACUUAGUUUUUAAAAAAGUGGUAACGAUUUUAAAGCAAUAUUACAGUAAGUUAACUGAUGUUUCACAUUCUACUGUAUUGGAAUUUUAAAAUACCUUGGUGGGUACUGAGUUAAUAAAAUUGAACGAGUGUGAAGAAUUGAAUCCUGCCUUUGUUAUAAAGUGCUGAGUUUCAUCAUUGGUGGCAAAAGACAAAUAGCAAGAUCUUAUAAAUUUAAUAUUAUAGUAUCUUAAAGAAAUAUUAUAAACUUAAUAAAUCACAUAUAUAAAAGAAAUCUCUAGUAAAAAAAACAGAAAAUAUGUUAUUCUAAACCUGGUUUCACCUGCCUGUCCUUCUCAAAAAGUAAUUUUCUAUUAAGUUAUUUGUACAUUCUAAAAAACCAAGUUGUUUUUGCUAACAGGUAUAAUACUGGGGUUUAUGUUCCUUUUCUAAUUCAGCUGACUGUGCUUGUCUUUGCUGGUUCCUCAGUGCCACAGGUUUUAACAAACACUGAAAGUAAUUCUAGACUUUUGGGUUUUUUGGUGGAAACAUCAUUUCUAUGGAAUUCUUUCAAAGAAUUCAUUAAUUUUAACUAACGCAUGUCAAAAAUGCACAGAGUUGGAGCAGACAAAUUCUUUGUAAGAUUCUGCAAGAAUGUGAUUAAAAAGCUGUAUAAAUUGAGAUAUUUAUUACGCGCCAUAUGACGUUUUGCUGUUAAUCCACUUAAAGUAGAAAUAUUUUAACUAAGAGUUUGUAUUUGGUUGUAAGAUAUUGUACAGUGUAUUAAGAUAUGUUUGGAAAUUAAUUUAAACUGCAAGUUCAGUUCUCUGUGAACAUUCCACUUGCAGAAUAGUACAUAAAUAUUUCUUUACGUUGUCUGUUCAAAGUGUGAGACAUUUGGUGAUAUAUACAUUUCUUAUAAUAUUACUCAGCCUUAAAAAACAAAAGCAGAUCUGAGAUAUUUGAAAAUAUCAAGGACAAAUAUAUGUCCUUUAAAACCUUAGACCAUUCAAUCCUGUACCCUCAUUUGUGAAACAUGCAUAUAUGUUUGGGUCCUUAAGGCAUAUCUUAAUAAUUGACGUUAUUUUACAAAGUUGAUGGCAUUUGUUCUGAUUAGCUGAGACAAAUCAAAAACAAAAAUACUCACAGGAACCCAAAACUGAAAUGGGAAAUAAUUACUUUCUGUAAAAAUUAUGCUUCUUUCAUGCUUCACUGAUCUGAAAUUUGGCCACAUCAUGACACAUGCUCACUUUUAGCUUUUUAAACAGUGCCAUUAAUUAUCAGUGAAAUGAUGGUUUGCUGUCAUGAGAUCUGAGAACCUAAGACAGCAGGAAAUUGAUAUGAAGAGGUGAUGUCUCAUUACCUUUCUGAGAUAAAGAAGAAAUCUAAUGUCACUUAAUGAUUUUCUUCUGUUUUACUAUAAAUUUUGAAAUCAUGGAAAUGGCUUUAGAAUGCACUUAAAGAAUUGUUGAAACUUGCUGGUGGUAAAGAAAUAGAAAACUCCGUGUCUGUGCUUUGCCACCUGACAUCUUCAAAAAAAAAAACCACAAGGAAAAAGGCUCUUUAACCAGACAAGUAAUUAAUGAUUGUGUAUGGUGUCUUUGUAAUAUUAAGAGCAGAAAUUGGACUGUUACUAAGAUGCAUAUAUAAUAAAGGAUACUUGGCUAUGGCAUCCUGAAAAAGUC